UAGUGCUCUGAUCUACUCGGGAACACAAGAAAGUGUUUGUUUGAGUGAGAGAGAGAGAGUUAUAUAUUGUGAUAGCUAAAGAGAUAUAUGGCUUUGUUCUCUGCUCAUUUGGCUUUUGCAUUUGGACUUCUAGGUAACGUGGUCUCGUUCAUGGUUUAUCUUGCCCCACUACCAACUUUUUAUAAAGUCUACAAGAAGAAAUCAACUGAAGGGUUCCAAUCAGUUCCUUAUGUGGUUGCUUUGUUCAGUGCCAUGCUGUGGAUAUACUAUGCUUUCCUCAAGUCCAAUGCUACCCUUCUCAUCACCAUCAACUCUGUUGGAUGCUUCAUUGAGACUAUAUACAUUUGCUUCUACCUCUUUUAUGCACCGAAGAAGGCUAAGGUUCAAACUGUGCAGCUGGUGGUUUUACUGAAUGUUGUCGGGUUCGGUUUGAUCCUUCUUCUCACUCACUUUCUUGCAAAAGGCCCGACCUGUGCCAUCAUUGUUGGAUGGAUCUGCCUAGUGUUUUCUUUGUGCGUAUUUAUCGCGCCUUUGUGCAUUGUGAGACAAGUUAUUCGAACGAAAAGCGUAGAGUACAUGCCAUUUCUUCUAUCUUUUUUCCUCACACUAAGUGCAGUCAUGUGGUUCUUCUAUGGUCUACUAAUCAAAGACUUUAACAUUGCUAUUCCAAAUGUCUUGGGAUUCACCUUUGGUAUUCUUCAAAUGAUACUAUAUGUAAUGUACAAGGACGCAAAGAAAGUUGUCGAAAAUGAUCAAAAGCUUCCUGAAAUCAAAAACCAAAUUAUAGUUUUGGAACAAGAUCACAAGCUUCAUGAAUUAGCAGAACAAAUCAUUGAUGUUGUGAAGCUGAGUGCUAUGGUGAGUUCAGAGAUGGCUACUGUGGAAGAGAAACUGAAUUCUAAUAUUGGACACGAAUUGAUUGGAGAUGAGAAUAUUAAUGUGCCUAAGGAGAUCAUGAUCAAAGCAUGAUUGAAGUUCAAGAGAGAGUGCAUGCUGUACUUAGUUAGUAUUGCAUGUGUGUGUGUGUCUAUAUAUAUAUAUCAUGCAUUUAAAUUAAGGCAAUUAUUAUUACUUUUGUGAUGUAUAUGUCCCCCAUGUCAGUGUCAAAGCAAGUGGUCUUCCUCUUGUAUUGGUAAUGUCUUUUCUCUAGCUUUUCUUUUUUGGGUUCAUAUGUAAUUUGCAUUUGUGGUAAUGAAUGUCAAAAUUCAAU